AUGCCUUCGACGACCUCCAUGAUGCGUGCAGCUCUGUUCGCUGCCUCGUCCGCCAGCGCCGCCGCUGUGCUCGAGAGCCGCCAGAUGACCACCACAACAUGCGCCGACGUGCACAUGUUCUUGGCAAGAGGCAACAGCGAGCCCUACCCCGGACGCCAGAAGGUUCUGGUCGCCGAGGUCUGUGACCGCGUAGCCAACUGCGACUACGAGGACAUCGUCAUGAACAACUACCUCGACUCUCCUUACUGUGCCGCCACCUACGAGGGUGCCACCAAGGGGUACGAUGCAAUCGUCGCCUACAACAAGCGCUGCCCCGACGCCAAGUUGGUCCUCACCGGAUACAGCCAGGGCGGCCACGUUAUCAGCGAUAUUCUUGGUGGAGGACACGGCACUUUCUUCAACGAGUGUUACGAGGACCAGACACCUCAGCUGGACAGAUACAGCGCUGCUGGCCAGAUGGUCAAGGCUGUGACCACCUUUGGCAACGUCCGUCACACCGCCAACCAGCCCUACAACUACGGAACUGGUUCUGCCAACGACAGCAGCAACCCCCGUGGCCCGGCUGAGCAGGCGCUCUUGAACACCUACGCCGACGUAUGGAGAGACUACUGCGCCAUUGGCGACCCCGUCUGUGCCCACGGUAACGUCAGGGAGGACCACACCAACUACUUCGACAUCUACACCUACGGUGCCGCUGAGUACAUCGUCAGCCUUCUCAAGGCUGCCGACGCGAGCAGCUCGUCUGCUACCAUGAGCGCUACCUCGAGCUCUGCCGUCUCCAGUGCUACCCUCUCUGUCGAAGCCAGCACCACCUCCAGCUCCGUUGAGGCCAGCGCCACCGUCUCCAGCUCCUCUGUCUCCAGCUCCUCUGUCUCCAGCUCUGUUGCGGCCAGCGCCACCUCCAGCUCCACCGUUUCUAGCUCUGCUGAGAUCAGCUCUACCAUCUCCAGCUCUACUGUCUCCAGCUCUGCCGAGUCUAGCUCUACUGUCUCGAGCUCCGUCCAGGCUGCCGCUACCAGCUCUGGCUAUCCCAUGGCCAGUGUUUCCGUCUCCAGCACCUCUGCCUCCAGCGCCUCUGCCUCCAGCGCGUCCGUCUCUAGCGCUUCUGCCUCCAGCGCUACUGCCUCCAGCUCUGUCGAGUCCAGCGCUACUCUGUCUAGCUACGCUGUCUCCCACCCUACCGUCUCCAGCUCCAGCGCUGCCGCCCCGAGCGUGACCCGUGUCGCUUGCGGUCGCAAGCACAAGCGUGCCACUCGUGGCUCCAACUAA